GGACAUGUGGCUGUCACAGAGGGACAGAGCUCAGAAUUAAGGACUAUCCCUCUCAAAUGGGGACAGUUGGGAGGUAAAACAAUUCAUGUUUUGUGCAUUUCAUAUCAAGGAAGAAGUAAGAAGACUUCAACAUACAUUAGAACAGAUCCAUGAUGGAGGGUGUUUACUCGAGAGUCAUCAACUUAACAUGGAUGUAGACAAUAAUCGUGGGAAAUAUGUCUCAUACUUACAACCAGUGGAAUCUAAAGUAAAAAUCAUUCAGAGAGCAUGGCGGGAUUAUUUGCAGCGACAAGAUUCCUUGCAUACAAACUGUAUGGAGAAACAGAGUCCAUCACCGUCCUCUCUGUCCUCAGACAAGAUGAGCAGCUCUAUCAGUAUGAACACAUUUUCUGAUGGCAGCACUCCCGUAAGUACAACAUUCAUAUUUAUAAGUGCUUGA